CUUUCCUUAUUUGGUGUUUCAGGUGAUAAGGGUGACACAUAAAGGGGGCUGUGGGCCUCUCACAGCAACCACGCUGCCACAGAGAGAGGAUGGCCAGCAGGAAGGCGGGGACCCGGGGCAAGGCCGCGGCCACCAAGCAGGCACGAGGCUCUUCCAACGUCUUUUCCAUGUUCGAGCAAGCCCAGAUCCAGGAGUUCAAAGAAGCAUUCAGCUGCAUUGACCAGAACCGUGAUGGCGUCAUCUGUAAGUCAGACCUUCGGGAGACCUACUCCCAGCUCGGGAAGGUGAGUGUCCCAGAAGAGGAGCUGGACGCCAUGCUGCAGGAGGGGAAGGGUCCCAUCAACUUCACUGUCUUCCUCACACUCUUCGGAGAGAAGCUCAAUGGGACAGAUCCCGAGGAAGCCAUCCUGAGCGCCUUCCGAAUGUUUGACCCCAGUGGCAAGGGCGUUGUGGAUAAGGAUGAGUUCAAGCAGCUUCUCCUGACCCAGGCAGACAAGUUCUCGCUGGCUGAGGUGGAGCAGAUGUUCGCACUGACGCCCAUGGACCUGGCCGGGAAUAUCGACUACAAGUCCCUGUGCUACAUCAUCACCCAUGGGGACGAGAAGGAGGAGUGAGCCCGGCUCCGCGUAACUCAGGGCCAUGGCCGGCCCACCUCAAUAAAUGCAUUUCCCAUGAACCCCGCUGUGGUGGCCUGUGUGUGACCAAGGGGGUGGGGGUGGCCCAGGGGAGCUGAGGGCCAGGAGCAGGGACCACUAAGAAGAAAGCAGACCUCUCGCUGCCCAGUGAUGGAUGAGGACACUGCAGCCUGACAGGGUGACCAUCUUGCCUGAGGCCGUGACUCUGGGAGAGGAAACUGGGCCUUUACGUGCCCCUCGGCAGGUGGGCCCCCCACUCAAGCUGGGCUCAGCAACCGGAGGCUGCCUGCCGGGCACUCAGCGGAGGUUCUGCCAACGGCCCUGGGCCUCUGCCCUCCUGGGACCUCUGACCACCCAGCCCCAUCUCUGCAUACUGGCUCCGGUAGGCCUCCCUGCACACAUGUGUGGGGCGCUGGGCCCUGUGUGAAGGGCACAGAGGAACCCAUUUGAAAACAGCCAGACUACGUCAGAAAUGUAGGCGAGACCACGACACCAAAGGACAGGCAAGCUCAGGAACUGGCUGCAGGCCUGCCAGGGAGCAGGGCCAGGUGGCUGGAGGUGGGGGCUUCUCUGGAGAGGACUCUUAGUGCCCCCUCCCCCACCUCACCUGCAGAAACCAGGGGCUGGAGGGGGACACGCACCCAUCCUGGACACUGGAAGGCAGCUGGAACCUCCAGAGUGCCAAGGGGGAGAGGAGAUGGGGGGAGGCUGGCCAGUUUGUAGUAUUUUCUGACUUUUAUGCUGAGAUGGGGUCCCAGUCCCAGUUCUGCCCUCCUGCCCCCGAGAAGAGCCCUCUGGGCAGGGGCCGACAUUCUUUAGAUGACUGUUAACACCACUGAUAAAAGACAGCUCUUAAACUUUGCCUGGCCCCAGAAAUCUGUGCUCUGCAUACUCCUCUAUGAGUCAUGGACUGUUCUGAGCUUCUCUGGAGGUGUCAGAUGGCUGUCACCGUCCUCACCACCCACACUGCCCACCAUCCAGUGCAGACCCUCUGCCACACAGGCUGAGGGGUCCAGUGCCUCAGUUCUGGUGGGAUGGUAGCGCUGGCUUCUUGCUGUGACUUCACUCAGCAAGAAUGCAGGAGUGUCGCGUUAAGCUGGGGAGACUAGGGAAUAGCAGGUCUGAACACACUCGCCCCUUCUCUACUGUGAGUCGGAAAGGCUGGGGGCGUGGAGAUACAGAGGGAGGCCCUGGGCUAGGGUGGUCUUUUUAGAGAGAGGCACAGAGCAGGCCUGGGAGUCAGCUGUCCUGGGGUCCAGCUCCACUCCCUGCUUACGUGAGUGACCUUCAACGACCCCUGCUCCUUCUCCGGGACUCAGUUUCCUCGUCUCUGAAGGAGACACGGGACUGGGUGCUGGCAGCAACUGCCAUUCACUGAAGCCGCACGUGGCAGUCAGUGCUUUCCUGAGCCCCAUGUGUGUCACAGCCCUUGGCGCGCCUUCCCAGCCCCCACUUCUGAGGUCAGCCCUGAGUGGCCACCAGAGAACCACCAGACACAUCCACAGGCAGAGCCACGGCAGCACUUGAUUUCAUUUUCCUGAUUAAUUGUGCAGAUGGAGGGACGUGCAGACAGAUUGGGGGCUGACAUGGUACCCCCAGCAGUCUUCAGAUGCUGUCUGGUGACCUGACAAUUUCCAGCAGAAAGGGGAGUGCCUUGAAAAUGUGGCAAAGCCAAAGGACUUGCAGUCCGUCUUGAGGUGGCAGAGCCCCUGGGAGCCGGCACAGAGGAAAGGGGCAGGAGGGGUGGCUGCAGCCCCAGGGAGGGGAGCCCCUGCUGGCUCCCCUCCCUCUCCGCCGCCCCUCCAUCCUUCCUGGCACAGCCUCUGAGCCCUACCUCUCCCUCUGGCCCUCCUGCCAUCUGCGGCACAUCCCCACAGGGACCAGCU